CAGUAUGUUUUAUUUUAUAUUUCAGUAUUCCACCUGGAGUUUAAUAUGGCUUGGUUGGAACAUAUUUGUUAUUUGCCUUUAUUUGGAAGUAGGGGUGCUAAACCGGGAUCGUCAGAUGUAUAUUUUGAGUAUUGGUACCAAGAGUAAAAGUUGGUGGUUAGAGCACGGGAUAGGAUGUAAGAUCAGCAAUGAUUCAUGGGUAGAGGAUGACUCGUCUAACGCAGGACGUAAAAUACCGCCUGAAGAGUUUGUCGAAGGGUGCAUACUUGCAUACUACUAUGUGGAAGUUAUACAUGCAGGCGUGCAGUGUUUGUUGGCGUUGACUGGUUUUGUGUUCACACUUAUGGCUAUAUACAUCUACAGCGAGGAGCAGGAACCUUCUGCUUCGAAUGCUAAUGAUGAACUUGAGUUUGUAAAGAUGCAUACAUUAACGCGAGGAAAUACAGAACUUAAUUCUACACCGUCUCACGCUGCCUCGAACCCCGGUUACGAGGCGGACACCCAGUCUACACAUACACGUACCACACAUACGGAAUAUCAGAACGAUUAUCCGACACUAGACAGACCACCUAGUUACGAGACCAGCAUGAGAAACACUAAACAAGCUAAUGUAAACAAUUGUUACGGCUCAGACCGUCAGAGUGUUCGAAGUGCUAGGAGUGCGAGAAGUGCACGUAGUACGAGAUCAAAAGCAAGCGUCAGAUCUAAACGACGUCAAGAACAGCGGCAGGAAAGACGGGAAGAUUUGCCGUGGGUUCAAAUCACGCCCUCAGCAAGUAAUCUCCAUUCUGAUCAAGCUGCUGCGUACGGUCAUUUUCCACACUUACAAUAGAGCUAGUGUAUUAUGUUUUUCUUUAAGGUAUUCAAUUGCCUGCAAUAAAGUGUUGAAUGUGUCGGUACUAUUUCAGUAUACAGAGAUCAUAAACUUUUGUGGUUUAGUGUAUCACCCAGACAUGAAUUGUUUCAAUAAUUGUCAUCAGUUUUAACUUGUUGUAGAUCUACCUAUAUUGCAGGCAGUUGAGUAAUCUGAUUUAGUUUAUUUUUUGAAUAUUUUAAAUAGUUUUUCUUUAGUUUUGUUAUUAAUGAGAUAUAUUGUUAUUUUAAAACAAGUGAAAAAUGCAUCAAACAGCGCCAAGCUCUUGACUUUCUGUAUUAAUUCUUCAAACAAGGACUUCUCUGAUCAUUUAAAACUAAAUGUUUCAUGAAAUUGUACAUAAGGAGUGAAAGUGAAAUUAGUUGAUAUAUAUCUCACAAUGGAUGGCACGAUAUAAACUAUUAUAUUGAUACCGAUCUACCAUUGGUCAGUCUGAUUGCUCAUGCAAAUUAAUAAUUUAACACAAAUCUUGUUAACAUUUUUGAGCUCAAUAUGGAAUAUUAACAAUCUUCAUUUAAAAAAAUAUCUUCUUUUAUACAACUUCUAUUGUUCUCAUUUACAACUUCUACUCAAAUUGUACGUUUAUAUAAAUUAAAUACUGUAUACAUUUCAAAAUUCAGCUCAUUGUAUUCUUUUGUAACAAUUUGCUUUUUAAGUUUGUGUUCUUAUUAUGUUAAUUUAUUAUAUACCUGUAUGUUUUCUAUUGAAGUUACUGUCAUAAUUCAGCCUGGAUGAUAUUUUCUGUAUUUCUCACCUUCAUAAUGUUGCUCUUUACAUUACAAAUAAGUAUUGAUAAAAAAAUUCCGUCAGUUUGUUGUACACAUUUUACAGAUUAUGUACAAAAAUUUACACGAGUUCGCUAUUCUGACAGGAUAUAUGACACCUGGUGAUAGUGUCAAAUUGUAUUCACACAUGACUUGCAGGUAUGUGAGAAUACCAAUGUAUAACUUGGCACAAUCAACUGCAGCUAAAUAACCAAUCAGGAUAACACGCUUGUGUAAUAUUUUCUGUACAUUAGUACAAGCCUUUCUUGAAGUGGUGCGUAAUUUGUCAUCUCAGUGCAGAACUAUUGUAUAUGCAUAUAAGAUAAGAUUUAAAUACACCAGUAUUGUGCAGUAUCUAUAUGUUACCAGUCAGUAAGUCCCAGUUAAUGAGAUUUUAUUAUGUAUUCUUAGGUCCUUCAGAAUUUUUCAUCAGCAUCAGAGUAUUAAUGAUAUAUUCUGGUUUUGUUGUUUCUUCCGUCGUUUAGUUUUACAAACAGUUCAUAUAACAUCUGCAUUUAUUUGGUGUUUUUGAUACCCGUCAUGUACCUCUUACCUUUGCUGUGGAGUGUCUGGUUGAUUGGGGUCAAGGUCACUGUGGCUUACACUUUCCAUCAUGUUUUGGCGUUGUAAAAUUUUUAUUCAGAAGCAUUCAGCUGGGUAGAUGAUAUAUACUUAUAUGUAAAAUGUAUCAAAAUGUUUCAUGUUGUGAUAAUAGGAGGUGUAACUGUAAUGUGUUUUACUGUAACAUGUGUUACUGUAAUGUGUUUUACUGUAACAUGUGUUACUGUAAUGUGUGUUACUGUAACAUGGGUUCCUGUAAUGUGUGUAACUGUAACAGGUGUUACUGUAAUGUAUCUUACUGUAAUGUGUGCUACUGUAACAUGUGUUACUGUAAUGUGUGUUACUGUAAUGUGUGUUCCUGUAAAGUGUGUUACUGUAACAUGGGUUCCUGUAAUGUGUGUAACUGUAACAGGUGUUACUGUAAUGUGUGUUACUGUAACAUGUGUUCCUGUAAUGUGUGUUACUGUAACAGGUGUACUGUAAUGUGUGCUACUGUAACAUGUGUUACUGUAAUGUGUGUUACUGUAAUGUGUGUUCCUGUAAUGUGUGUUACUGUAACAUGGGUUCCUGUAAUGUGUGUAACUGUAACAGGUGUUACUGUAAUGUAUCUUACUGUAACAUGUGUUACUGUAACAUGUGUUACUGUACCAUGUGCUACUGUAACUAUGUUACUGUAACAUGUGUUACUGUUCCAUGUGCUACUGUAACAUGUGUUACUGUAAUGUGUGUUACUGUAAUGUGUGUUACUGUAACUUGUGUUACUGUACCAUGUGUUACUGUUACAUGAUGUCUGUUAUUGAUUCUGUUGUCAUGACGAUGCUAGACUAUCAUGUCUACUGUCAUUUGGUGAUUAUUUUGUAUCUGAUUUAAUGUAAGCUUAUUAUAUAAGAAGAUUAAAUGUCGCAAAAAAUCUGUGCUCUCUAUCUAGCAGAAAUGUAUUCCUGAAAUAAAUGUUGUUUUUAUGUAAAUCAGAAUUAUGCAUCUUUUCAAUUCAAUGAUUAAACAGGUUUCUCAAAGCUGUUACUGCAUGUGGUGCAUUGCUGGUUUCUUGUUUCUUUUGCAACAUUAUUUUUCAAAAACAUAUACAUGAUACAGUAAGGCACUUUGAUUAAGAGUCUCAUUUCACUCGCUUGUUAAAUUUGUUAUCUUAUUUAUGUGGUUUUCCUUUGAUAUUUUUAGUCCUUUCCUAUAAAAAAUAACAACAAAAAUUAAGCUUUAGACUAGUAAUUAACUGGUCAAAAUGUCAAAUUAAACGAUUAUAGUCACUUUUGAAUUACAUGUAUAACACAAACAACCUUGGAGGGAAAAAACUUGUGUUAAAUGGUACACUCUACCAAACUCAUUCAGUUUUAAAUUAAGUUUAAAAAAAAGUGCAGAUUGAAGCUAGGUCAAAAUGUGCAGAAUAGAGGUCUAUAUAUACAGACGGACACAUAUAAAACAUGAAAUUAUUCAUUGAUAUUGUAAUGAAUGGCUGAAAGAAUGGUUGGUAAGAGUGCUAAAAGUUCUUUUAAUGCCAAAAUUGUACAAAAGGUCUUGUAAAAAAAAUUGCUUAUUAAAUAGUUGAUGUUCUUUGGAGAAUUUUGAAGUACUUGUACAUGUGCAUUGUAUAUGGGAGAUUGAUUUUAUCACUCUAUACUGUCAGACAGUCCAUAUGUUAGAUCUCAAUAUCUUUACAGAUUAUCUUAACUGGAUGAUUGCACAAUUGAAAUAGUAUGACUUAUUUAUACACCCCCCUCCCCCCACACACAACAAAAGCAACAGUUUCGGCCUAUUCCUGGAGACUCAUAAAGUUAACUAUAUUUUCAUAUUCUUGUUGUUUGUAGAAAAAAAAGAAAAUGUUUUUUCACAUAACACUUGGAGGACUGAAAGAAAUCUCAUGUUUUUGAAUUGCCCUAUACUGAAUUGCAUUUUCUCUAAUAAAUCAAGGUUUAUUUUUUUUAGUAUACAUACUAAAGGAAAAAUAAAACAUAACAGCCAUAACCAUCUUGAAUCAUUCAUAGAAAUAUAAGCAAUGUAAGCAAUUAGAUAUUCAAAACUGGGAAAUAAUCAGUUAUGCUAUUAAUUAAAAAAAACCCCAAAAAACCCUCACUCAUCUGAUUAUUAUAAAUAAUUUGUGUGACAGAUUUUUGCUUAAAAGAACACUCCUUGCAUACAUGCAUUAUCAGUGUUGAAUGUUUAUGAUGGUAUGUAUUUUUAUGAAAAUGGAAAUAGUGGACCAGUCUUAAAAUGUUACUCAUCCAUUGGCUGAUUCAAAUUCAGUCAUCAGAAUCGACCAAUAAAAAAGAUGUGUUCCAGACUGGUCCUCAAUUUCUAGUUUGAUUUUCUUGAGUCCUGUAUUGAUGUGUAUAGCACAAUUUAACUGAGGACUGGUUUCAUUUCUACCAAA